AUGGGCGAGGCUGCUGCUGCUGCUGCGGCGGCGGCGGCGGCGACGUCUGCGAAGGAGCAGCGGCAACACUCUUUGUCGUCGUCACCGCCCGCGCUGCAUGCCUCCUCUGUGGCACUCGCCUCCACGGUGGCUACGGUCCUCACAAAGUCCUUCCUGCACCCACUUGACACAGUGAAGUGCCGACUGCAGUCGUCGAGCUCUCGCAGCUUGGGGCGUGCGUGGCGCGACUACAGUGGCAGGUGGGGGCCAACCUAUCUCUACGGUGGACUCCCAGUCAAGCUGCUCUUUUAUGUGCCCUACCAGGCCAUAUAUAUGACCACAUACAACACUGUGAGAGAUUCGCUGAAGCCAGCCGAUACGAGCGCGGAAAACCGUGCUAGUUUCCUCGCGAGAACUGUAAUCUCGGCCAGUGGAGCAGAGCUUGCGAGUUGCGUUGCACGUGUGCCGAUGGAAACAUUGAAGAUGCGCAUUCAGGCCGCCGUCGUGCCUGACACCCGCGCUGCGCUGCAGCAGAUUCGUCGGCACGGCAUAGCGGCGUGUGCGCGGCUGGUGCUGCCGCAGACGCUUCUGCACGACAUCCCAUACAGCGCAAUCCAGUGGAUAUGCUACGAGACCAUGCGGCCGUGGGCACGGCAGUUGAUGGAGAGCCGACGCCUCGACCAGGAGCCCAACAGGGCGUCGCGGUUUCGCGGCUACGCACACGACUUCGUGCGUACAUUUUUCUCUGGUGGCUUUAGCGCCCUCAUUGCGUCAACGGUGACGGUGCCACUCGAUACGAUUCGCACGCGUGUUGUUGUUGCCGCCGCGGCCGACCCCUCCACGACUGUGAGACGUGUGGUGCGGGACACAUAUCGUCUUGGUGGGGUGCGCAUAUUCUUCCGUGGCGCCGUGGUGCGCGUGCUGUGGGUGACGACGAACAUGGCCGUGUACUUCCCGCUCUAUGAGGCAUUGAAGGUGGAGUUCCUGCGGCGGCAGGAGACGCGUGCGGCUGUUUCCUCCUCUUGA